AUGGGCUGUUGCUUUUCGUGCAUUGGUGAGCGGCGCAAGCUCGCUCGCGCUGAGGCGACGACGACGCCACCACCGCCGACGCCGCCGCCGGUCCCAAGACUACGAGAGCCCUACAGGGAGUCGGCGACAUCCAACAUGACGCACUCCACUACAUUGACAGGCGCCUCCACAAUCGCUAUGCAAGGUCUCGAUGGGAGAACCCGCAUCACAGUGUUCGGAAAAUCACAUGAAGAUCCGCUACGAUGCAACCCCGCGCAACCAGAGGAAGAGGCCAGGGGCAGGACAGUCCGGAGGCAGGCAGCGGAUGAUGAUGAGGCCUUGACCAAAAGAAUAGGAAUGGUGUUCUUGACCGACACAGAAAAGUCUUCGCCGGUAUCAACACGUGAGGGUACGCAUGCAGAGGACAUCUUUGAGAGGGUCGAGACAAAUGACACGGCACGUACGGUGGUCCAGACCAGGGAGCCGCCCCAAGGCCCGGAGUCUGCACAGGAGCACGCCCAAGAUUCGGGGUCUGCGCACCAACAUGCGGAAAAUCCGGAGUCUGAAAAGGAUCACGUAAGCACAUGA